CCCUCACAGACACGCACACACACACACACUCACACCAACACAUUCACACGCACUGAAACAAUCGCGGCCGUACUACACUCCAGCGGAAGAGGCAGAGGAAGCACCCUCGGUCCCAGCCAGCACCAGCCCUUCCAUAGCCCUACUACACACGUAAACACCACACAGAGCAGCGAGGCCGCGGGGGAGGAGGAGAAAGGAAGAUGAAGAAAUUUACCUUCAAGGGGGUUCUGGACGGCUUUCGUUCCUCGGUUAACCAGCAGACUCCGGCCGGCGGCGCGGCCAAGAUUUGCAUCGAGCAGGAAAUUCAGGAAACUCUUCGGACGGAGCAUUUUCAGCUGAAAAAGACCUUUCGCCAUGGAUUCCCUUACUCGCCUACUGCGCUGGCGUUCGAUCCCGUGCAGCGGAUCCUGGCGGUCGGCGACAAGUUCGGUUCGAUGCGGUUACUGGGAAAGUUCGGUGUCGACGCCCACGUGAAACACGAGGGCGAAUCGGCAUGCGCCGUUAAUUUGAUCGAGUUUUUAGUGAACGAAGGCUGCCUGGUCACGGCCACCGCGGACGAUACGCUGCAUCUGUGGAACUUUAAGCUGAAAAUACCGAAGGUGGUUCAAAGUCUGAAGUUCCAACGGGAAAGAAUAUCUCGCUUACAUCUGCCCAUUGGAACCAAAUGGUUGUACAUCGGCACGGAGAAAGGAAAUACGCACAUUGUCCACGUCGAUUCGUUCACUCUCAGCGGAUAUGUUAUCAAUUGGAAUAAGGCUAUCGAUCCGAUUCGUAAAACGCAUCCUGGCGCAGUCGUGCACUUAUCCGACAAUCCGCUGGAUGCUAACAAGUUGCUAAUAGGAUUCGAGUCCGGUCAAUUAGUGCUAUGGGAUAUGAGAGGCAAAUGUGCGGAAUUUCGAUGGCUGUCCCAAGAGCCGCUCAGUUCCUGCUCCUGGCAUCACGAGGGAAAACAUUUCAUAACAUCACACACAGACGGUUCUUUAUGUACGUGGCCUUUGAAACUUUCACCAAAACCCUUAACUCAUAGUUUUCCUCAUGCUAAGACGAACAAGGAAGGGAAAACCGAGAGCUGCAACUCGAUUCAAAAGGUUGAAGUGAAAACGAAUAGAUUAGGAGAUCAAUUUACAAUUUUCUCGGGCGGUCUGCCGACGGAAAAGUGUAACCCCAAGUCGCACUGCAUCACCGUGAUGGUGCAGGGCAAAUCAACGACCGUCUUAGAAAUGGAGCACAGCGUUGUCGACUUCGUCACCAUGUGUGAAAGUCCAUGGGGUAGUGACCUUCAAGAACCAUACGCCGUGGCGGUGCUGCUGCAGAACGAUCUCGUGCUGAUCGAUCUGCUGACGCCCGGUUACCCAACGUUCGAGUCGCCUUAUUCCAUGGACCUACACGAGUCACAAAUCACCUGCUGUACAUACCUUGCUGACUGUCCGUCCGACCUCGUGCCGGCGUUCUACUCCGUCGGGCGCAGCGCGGCAACCAACCGGCGAUCCGGCUACUCCGAACGCGAGUGGCCCAUCAACGGUGGCGAGUGGCAGCCGACGUCGUGCAGUUACUCGGAAAUCAUUCUCACCGGGCACCAGGACGGUUCGAUCAAGUUUUGGGACUCCAGCGCCGGCACGCUGCAGGUGCUGUACAAGCUGAAGACAUCCAAAAUCUUCGAGAAACCACGAGUGCGAUCGCUAGACAGUGGCGAGGAGGACCCGCUGGCUAUCUCGAUGUUAUCCUUAUGUGCGGAAUCUAGAAAACUUUGUGUUGCUUGCAAUUGCGGUUACGUUGUUCUGUUCAAGUUCAGGAGAGCCGAAAGUACAGGCGAUAUUGUGGUCUUGGAUAUUCCUUUUACCAUGGAUACUUUUACCGAAUUUGAAGGCAGUCCAGAAUGUGAGUUCAUACCUAAAUCACUGCCAAAAACUGUUGACUCGACUGAGAGCGAAAAGAAGAACUGCAGUCUAUUGAAAGUUAAAACUGGACCACAAAGAAAACCGCCAGGGUUUCAAGCCCAGCUUGUAUGCGUUCCGUCAGGGGCUUGCGGCAGUGUGCAGAUUACUGCGCUUACCAUCAACUCCAACUACGGAUUAAUGGCUUACGGUAACGAGUACGGUUUAACGAUAGUGGAUAUAGUGAAGAAAAUGUGCGUCUUGAAUCUGUGCACCCAAGAAAUUUACGGUUCGCAAGACCCAUAUUCCAGAACGCCCCGGAGUCCGAAACGUUUGGAAAAUAGUCAAUCAAAAGACGACUCGCUGCGUUCCCCUAGCAUAGAUCAGAUAAAUGGGCUCGUUGGUGGCAGUGGUGGCAUCGGGAGUGGAACAACAUCAAGCUCCGCGACGACGCCGAACGCGGUUAACUCGAACAUGCCGCUAUCGAUGUAUGAGCGAGGCAUGAGCAUAUCAAGUGCCGGUAGUCCAAGCAAGCGUACUGGAACUGGAAGCGGAUCUACGACAAUAACGGGUCUGACAGACUCUGUCAGGAAAUCACGAUCGCAAGAUAAAUUGGAUAACUCAUUCUCGAGAUCUCGUUCAUCUUCUAUGUCAAGCUUAGAAAAUAAUGCAAUGGAGGCUGUGACUUGUUUGGCUUUUGCCGAUAGUUAUGUAAAAAAAAGCGAUCCCUCAAUGGCAUUGCCUACUGCAUGGUUAGGAACAAGUUUAGGAUCGAUCCUAACCAUUUCUCUAUCGAUUCCCGAGAACGAUCUAAGAAAAGCGAACGUUGUCCAGUCUGCUCCCACUGGCGCCAUGUUCCGCCUGAAAGGAUCGAUCCUGUCAAUGUCCUUGUUGGACUGCAAUGGGGCGCUUAUUCCGUACGCGUUCGAGUCGUGGAGGGAAGACUCGAAAGACGGGAAAGAGAAGCGAGAGAGAACGCCAACCAAGACAUCAUCCACCAAGAUGAGCCCUACCAAUCCGGAUGGUUUAUGUGAUCGACAGUUUAUAGCCAUAGCGAGCGAGAAGCAGGCGGGCGUCUAUGCACUACCGAGUCAGAAUUGUGUCUACCGAAAGAAGUUGGUUGAUUUUGACUUCAUCGUAAAGGCCGAAAUAAUCAGUAUGAAAGAUAGUGUUUGCCUGAUAUGUUACGCGUCAAACGGACAUCUAAUGGUUUAUACCCUACCCAGCUUGAAACCCUUACUUGAAGUUGAUUUCCUUCCGUUGGCUGAUUUGAGUUUCCAAACCAAAUGUAAACAGGGCGUGGUGGAUCCAAUGCUGUCCAUUUGGGGACAACAACUAAUAGUCAAUGAAGAUUCGAAUGUGAUUUCAAGGACGUUUAGCUUUAGUAACAAGGGCCAUGGAUUGUAUUUAGCCACACCCACCGAAAUCCAGAAAUUUACCGUUUGCCAAGAAUUCAGCCACCAAUACAACAACAUGCUUGGCGAGCUCUACGUACCUCAUGAAAUGCCAGAAGCGCCCAAGGAAAGCUUUUUCAAAGGUCUUUUUGGAGGAGGAAUGCGCAACCUCGAUCGGGAAGAAUUAUUCGGAGAAUCCAGUGGCAAGGCGAACCGGUCGGUGGCAAAGCACAUCCCAGGGCCGAACGCGAACAUUCAGGAGAUGAACGCUCGGACCACCUCGGUCACAUCGGAGAUCAGCAAGGCCCACCAGCUGAUGCUUGAGCGUGGCGACAAGCUGAGCCAGCUCGAGGAACGCACGGAGCGGAUGGCGAACGAGGCCCAGCAGUUUUCCAGCUCCGCCCAUUUGCUGAUGAACAAGUACAAGGAUAAGAAGUGGUAUCAGCUAUAAUUCGCCCACCACCGACCAAUUCCUAUGUUGUCGAUGUCGGAUGGGGGGAGGCAGGCGAGAGGAUGGUCGAUCAACAUCAUUGACCGUUUUUACGUAUUGUCGUUUUGUUUCUGGCAGGACGUGCGUGCGGUGUGUUGAAAAUCUAUGCUAAAAGCACACAUAUACAACACAUCCAUACGCCCCCGCACUGCUGGUACAACAAAAUGUUUCUGUUAGUUCGCUUAUUGCAAAACUGCUCGAUUGUUUCCUUCGUUAAAGAAAACUAACUGAGAGGUACAUUUAACGCAAGGCGCGGGGACGAACACAGCAAAGUAAAUGCUGGCAGUGUGUGCAGGACCCCAAGAACAAAGUACACACACUCAAAAAACAAACAUGUAAACAACUAAACGUUCAGACUAAUAACAGACAACAGCAAACACAACACACAACACAUGUUAUAAAACAAAUUAGGAGAAAAAGAACAGCUGUGCGGAAGCGUAAAUCUAGCAUUCGGUUUACUCGUUAAAAAGUUUUAGAUCAUAAGCAUUGAUCCCAAGUGGAAUGAGGCAAGCAAGUGAAAAAGGAGGAGGAAGAAAAAGCAAACAGACAAAACGAAAGCAAACCACAUGUUAUAUUAAUUAUUUUUUAAACUUAUGUAAUGAUGAAAAACAGCUACAACAACAGCGGCAGCAAAACAAAAAAAAACAAAGUCAUUACUCAGUAAACCACAUAACAAAAAUAAGACAAAAAAAA